GUUUCGGAACGGUUUUGGUCGCACACGUUGGUGCCGGUUGCGAAAACAUGCGUAUUGCGAGCAGAUUUCGCCUUCGAAGAUUUCUCUCAUUUACGUGCCUUCGCCGGGAUUUCAAUGCAAGGUGCUCUACUGCAAGUGCUGCAAAGGGCUCUCGGCAUCUCUCCAAAUAUCCGGUCAUCAUAGACGGCAGGCAGUACGAACCAAGCGACCAAUGCAACCUCACGGCGCGCAUCCUGGAGCACACUACGCGAAAGUUGCACCUGAAGGACUGCCAUCCCUUGUGCCUGGUCAAAAGGAGAAUAAGCGAUUUUUUCGAGAAGUACACGAACCGGCGGGGAAAUCCAUCAUUUUCUGUCUACGAUCGACUCAGUCCCGUGGUGACGUUGGAGCAGAAUUUCGACAGUCUGUUGGUACCAGCCUCUCAUCCAUCGCGGUGCAAAAGUGACAGCUACUACAUCAACAACGAGCUGAUGUUGCGAGCGCACACAUCGGCUCAUCAGCGUGAUCUAGUCAAAUCGGGCCUCGACGCAUUUCUUGUUGCCGGAGAUGUGUAUCGGAGAGACGAGAUCGACAGACAUCACUACCCGGUAUUUCACCAGAUCGAAGGCGUCAGGCUGUUUUCUGCAGACGAACUGUUCUCAGGAAACAAUCAUGGUCUGUCCCUGUUUGAAAGCGGCACCCGCGAGUCUGACAAGCAGGGUCUGCAUACACGUGAAGCAGUCAAACUUGUAGAGCAUAGUCUUAAGACAUGCUUGCAGGGGCUCGCUCAGCAGCUGCUUGGUCCAGAAACGGAAUUUCGUUGGGUAUCUACUUAUUUCCCAUUCACUCAUCCAUCAUGGGAGCUUGAGGCAAAGUUUCAAGGGGACUGGUUGGAGCUGUUGGGUUGUGGCAUCAUGGAACAAGAAAUCCUUUUUAAUGCCGGUGUGGAGCACAAAGUUGGCUGGGCUUUUGGUGUGGGCUUGGAGCGUCUCGCCAUGGCAUUGUACAACAUCCCUGACAUCCGUGCUUUCUGGAGUACUGACCCUGCUUUUCUUGUUCAGUUUGAACACAACGACCCCUAUAAGCCAGUUGUCUUUAGGCAACUAAGCUGCCACCCUCCGUGCGUGGCAGACAUGUCUUUUUGGGCACCACCUGAGUUUGCAGCGAAUGACUUCUUUGACAUCGUUCGCUCUUGUGGUGGUGACCUUGUGGAACGUGUGGAGCAUCGAGACACCUUCAUUCAUCCAAAAACCCAUAGGACCAGCCACUGCUAUAGAAUAGUGUACCGACAUAUGGAACGGGCGCUUGUCCAAGAAGAAGCCAAUUCCAUUCACAGACAGAUUGGUGCCAAAACUGAAGAGCUUCUUGGUGUUGAACUGCGCAUCAAAUGAUCUGUAUUUAGGCAUAGCCAUACCUGUAUAAACAUUUGUGCAGAUGUAAUCCCAAAAAAGGCAUAAUAAUUCAUAUUGGCAUAGUAAUGCUCCUAGCUACGUAAAUGGUUCUAAAGCACUUAAUUGGUCUUGUUAUUUGUUUUUGAUGAAUAAGCAUGUUAGUAUAGAAUGCUUUCAGAUUGGUUGCUAAUAAUAAUUAUGGAUCUUUCUGUGAAGUGUGUACGGGUAUAAAAGCAUACUUGUGUUUUCUUUAUUGUAAAUGCACUGUAUUUAGCCCCAUUGUUUUAGUGUGUUAGGCUAAAUAAAGCUUUUGUAAUUUUUAAUGGACUUGUUGAUGAGGCAAAAAAUCAGGCAGCUGCCUUUUCUUCAAAAGGCAAAUGUUUUAUAUACUCUCUCUUUGCAUAUAAAUUCUCUACACAAAUUACACUGUAGCUCUUUAUUAGCCAUUUCACUGCAAUAAUGGUAAUUAUGUCAACUCUAAAUUUGUGCACUUCCAUGUAGCCAUUGAGUAUUUCUGUCCAUGUUGAAAUAAAAUUUUUGGAAGGUAUACUUGAUUCUCCUUUCAUAAGAAUAUCCCUGGCACAAAAAUAUGACAUGUUCCAGUGAAGUUGCUGCAACUAUGUUGGAUGUUAAGAAAUACAAUUUACACUAUGUGUGUUGUUAGUGAGCUGGCAUUACGGUCUUUGACAUGGAUGCACCUAUGUUGACAUGCACUGCCGCAUCGCUACUGGGGUUUUAGUUCACUUAUGCAGUGUUUUGGGCAAUUCAAUAUAUUACAGCACCCUCAUAUUUUCAAAUGCCAGAGCAAUUGAUUGUAGUAUGUGCAUCAAACACUUUGUGAAAGCAUUGUGCUUCGCUAACCCAUGUUUAUGAUACAACACAGUCACGACUGCUCCGUGCCAAAACGCUCCUGCAGUGCUUGAGCAAAGCAUGUAGCUGAACAGCUCCCUGAUGGUGGCAGCAUUCCUGUCAAAUCGAGGAAACCUGUUUUCUUUGUGGCACUCAGUAAAUAAGGAGGAAAAAAAACUUUGUGGCGUAGUGGUCAGCUUCUCGGCUACCUGCGUGUCAGUUCCGUGACGGAAAUGAUGCGACUUUAUUCUCACUGAAACCCAACAUAAAACACUUUCAUGUUAAAGAACAAGGUGGUGGUUGUGGGACUUCAUCGAGAUUCCAAUGUUAUGUCACUAUACGUGAUUCGUGUUGUAAAAGAGCGAAAAAAAAAGCAUUUACAGUGGCAUGACACUCAUGUCACGAUUAUCAUGUUUGGAUGUGUCAUUUACCUUCGUCGUCCAUUCAUGUUACGUAAUAUCAAAUUUAAUAUAUGUAGAACUAGUAAAAUGACCGCGAGCAUGCUAUGAGCAUAGCUUGUAGUCAUGUUUUGCAUGACACUCAUGUCAUGAUUAUGAUGUUUGGACGUGCCAUUUACCUUCGUCGUCCAUUCACGUCACUUAAUACCAGGUGUAUGUGAAGCUAGAGAAACGGCCGCGAAUGCUUCAUGAUUGUGGUAUGCUGUCAUGUCCUUACAUUACAUCGCGCAGAAAUCCUUGUCUCUGAAAUCUUUCAAAAAAUAUAUCAAAGCUUACCUUCUAUCCUGUUCUCAAGAUUGAUAAGUUCUGUAUAUAGCAGUCAUAUGUUUCUCUGGUUUCGUUAUUUGCAGUGUUAUGACUCUUUCUUUAUUACUGUACAAUUAUGUACUCCAUUUACUCUGUACAAAAACAAUGUUAUGCAUGCAUUAUUAGUGUGUUAUAUUGUAUUUCUUUGACCAUGCUCUGAAUGGUGCUUUCGGGUACUUGGGUCCCGUCAGGCAGAGGACAUCUGCCUUUUGCCCUUGUAUCCGAGACAUACAUUUCUCUGAAAUAAAGACAACAACAACAACAACAACAA